AUGAUGGAUUGUUAUAUCCCAUUAGACAAUUCGAUUGACAAUGAAGAUUUGGCGUCGCUUGAGAGAUCACAUAAGCUCAGGGACUUUAUCAUUUUUGAUGAAGAUUUGAAGAUUGUUCUUUACUCUAAGAACAAGUUGAAGACGUUUACCGUGUGGAUCAAUGAUGCAAAAGUUUAUGAAUCCUCAAUGGCGGACACCUUCAACUGUCGAGGCUCGAUAUGGCAGUUGAAGGACAGCAAAAGUUCCCGCAGCUUCUUCAGAUCAAGCGUGGUUAUGAACAAUGGAUACAGCAACGAGAUCAAGCUGUUGGUAGAGUACCAAGAAACUGCGGACUCGGCUCAGCACGCAACAACUCCAAACGGCAGGCCCAAGCAAGAAUACGAGGAUUUUUUGCCAAGUUUUGAGCCCGUUUCAUGGGAGGAACAAUUAAUAGGCGAGACACAGCAACUGGCAUUGAAAGACGAAGAAUUACAGAGCAAUGAGAGUUUGAAGAGCUUUGAGCUUAUCUAUCCCAUAUAUUCGCUUCUGAAUAUGAGGCUGAGAAACUCAUUGUUGAAGCCGGCUCAUUCGAUAUUGUCGUCUCUUGAUUUCCAAACGUCUAAAGCAUCGAUCCAGCUCAGUGAGAAGUUUCUGCCGAAUAGUGGCGAUAAGGCGCCUUUCCUGCUGGAGUUUGAGGAUGUGAGAUUUGAACUGGUCGAGAAGGACAAUCAUAUUGCCCUAAAUCCCGUUUGUACGUUGCAAGUACCCUUCGAGUGCGCUCCGUACGAUGGCUGGAGCCUGGGUUAUGAGCUUCCUUUGGUUGCCGGAAACGUCUCAAACAGUCGGCCGCACCGAGUCCGAAUUACCAUACGUUACGCCUUAGUGUUGGCAGAGCUCAAACAAAGGCUUCCCGUAACCACGACCUGGGAGACAGAAGUGACUCUCAAGAAGCCCAUGAUUAGCAAUGCCAUAUCUCAGGCUUCCUCAGCUAUUUCCACGCCAAAACUGUACGGAACAAUGCCGCGCACACCGAUGCUAGGUUCAACGACUUCGUUAGUCAACAACAAACUGAACAACGUCAAGUUCAAGUUUCUUUCCAACAAGAUUGUCACUACCAAGGGCCAAAACUUCACUUUGAAACUACAGAUCUCGAACACCUCAAACUCAUCCCUGGAUAUGGUAGUCUACUACAACAGCAAGCCCCCUAUUCCUGGCCAAUCCUCUUCCCCUCUGGCGUUGCAAAAGCAGUUUCAGAUCUACAAGCGCUAUCGGAAGAUCUCCGAGGGCGUAAUCUUAUUGUCGAACGACUGCAAGAUACCGACUGUCGAACCCAACGAAACGUACCUUGCGGAUCUCAGCUUCGUCGGUGUCAUGUCAGGCUACUAUCCGACACUGGCAGGGCUCAAGAUGGUCGAUUUAAAGACCAACGAGGUGAUUGAUAUUGGUCAAGGUGCUUCAGUUCUGGUCAAAUAG